UCUCACUAGUCACCAGAAGCUCCUCUCCCCGGGCGCUUCGCCGCCGCCGCCGCCGCGUCUCCCGAUCCGGCCGGACGCCGCCCGCACGCGCGCGAGAUCCCGCAAAACCCUAGGCCCCUGCCCCUCCCCGCCCCGGCUGCUGCUCUGCAGCGGCGGGCGCAUGGACCCGGCCCUCUCGCUCGCCGCAGAGCUCUGGCGGCCGCAUCACCACCCCCAGCUCGCUGCCGCCGCCCUCGAGGCGUCGUCGGUCGUCACCGGCCAGGGCAGCGGAAUCCGCGUUGGCCCUGGCGGAGGGAGCGGACGCAGGAGGCCGCGGCGCGACGCGGCGGCUGAGGACGACUCGUCGAAGAUCGUCUCCACCUCCGGCGGCGGCGGGCACGACUCGGUUGCUCAAGAAGCAAAACGUUUGAAGCCAAUGAAAUAUAGUGAUAAUAAUGAUAAUUUAAGUACAGAAGCUGGAACUGGUUCAGGAAACAGCAGUAAGGCCGCUGGUAAAAAUGCUACACCACCGGAGCUACCAAAACAAGACUACAUUCAUGUGAGGGCAAGAAGAGGUCAAGCAACUGACAGUCAUAGCCUUGCGGAGCGGGCACGGCGAGAGAAGAUAAGCGAACGUAUGAAAGUUCUCCAAGAUCUUGUCCCUGGAUGCAAUAAGGUUAUUGGGAAAGCAUCAGUCCUUGAUGAAAUAAUAAAUUACAUCCAGUCUUUACAGCAUCAAGUUGAGUUUUUGUCCAUGAAGCUUGAAGCAGUUAAUAGUCAUAUGAAUAAUGGAAUUGUUGACUUUCCAUCUAAAGAUUUUGGUUCUCAGACGUAUAACACAGCUGCUGGUUUGACAUUUGAUCCACAAACACCGAGGGAAUAUGCACAGGGCUCGACAUCAGAAUGGCUUCAUAUGCAGAUUGGCAAUGCUUAUGAAAGAGUGACAUGAAUAAAACAAGCAAAGCCAUAAAACACAAUUCCUUGUAGUGGCCAAUAAAGAGCACCCGACUGAUCAAGUCUGUGCUCCUAGUUUUUUUUUUCUUUGAACAAAAUUUGUAGGUUUAAUUUUUUUUCACAUUGUCAUGUCACCAAGUUAUUUUUUGUUCCUAAUUUGGUCCAUGAUGCCAUAGAUACACUCCUCAUGAUCUGUCGACACUCGACAGUCUAUCUGCUUCGCUUGUAGCUCAGAUUUGAAGGGGAAAAGAACAUGAUGAGAUGAAAAAAAA